CGAUAGUGAGGAGGUUAGCAGAGUUGCAUUCUGAGCAUGGAUUAUGAAGAAUUUGUGUGCCCCAGGCUGAUACUGGUCUUCCAUAUCUCAAAUUGAGAAGUUCCAUAUCACACUAAACAUGGAGAAGGAAGAAAAGAAGUUUGUGAAUAAAGCAGAGGAGGAUGAGAUGGAGAUCUAUGGUUAUCAUCUGUGCCGUUGGAAGCUGGUGCUGGUUACUGCAGGAGUGCUCUGUUCCGGAGGCUUCCUSCUCCUCCUCCUCUAUUGGAUGCCCAAGUGGCGUGUGAAGGCAACGUGCAAGAGGACAAUGCUUAAAGACUGUGAAGUGGUUCUGCUGAGAACAACUGAUGAAUUCAAGAUAUGGUUUUGUGCAAAGGUCCGCGUUAUGCCUUCCUUGGGAGCCCAUCCUUUACAGAGCCCUAAACCUAUUACACACAAGGUUUCAAAUGGCCAUGCUGUUCACUUCUGUGAAGCUUCUGUAGAAGAGAAUAAAAAUGAUUCGAAAAAAUAUUUGCCCAUUCGUUAUUUCACACAUCAUAGUGUGAAGUAUUUCUGGAAUGAUUCAGUUCAAAAUUUUGAUGUUGUACGAGGGCUAGAUGAGUCUACGUUCUGUUCUUCAAUUCAUAAUGAACACAGCACAGGACUGACAAAGGCAAUGCAUGAUUACAGAAAAAUAUUCUAUGGAGUAAACGAAAUUGCUGUGAAAGUGCCUUCCGUUUUUAAGCUUCUGAUUAAGGAGGUUCUCAACCCUUUUUACAUUUUUCAGUUGUUCAGUGUAAUAUUAUGGAUCACUGAUGAAUAUCACUACUAUGCAGUAGCUAUUGUGAUUAUGUCUGUAAUAUCCAUUGUUAGCUCACUCUACACCAUUAGAAAGCAAUAUGUUAUGUUACAUGACAUGGUGGCAGCUCACAGCAUUGUCAGAGUUUCUGUCUGCAGAGGAAAUCAAGAAAUAGAAGAAAUCCUUUCCACCGACCUUGUGCCUGGAGAUAUCAUGUUGAUUCCAUCUAAUGGGACAAUUAUGCCGUGUGAUGCAGUACUCCUCAGUGGUACUUGCAUUGUAAAUGAAAGUAUGUUAACAGGUGAAAGUGUUCCUGUCACAAAGAUUAAUCUACCAAAUCCCUCAGAAGAUCCAAAAGCGAUGGGAGAUGAAAUAUACAGUCCAGAAGUGCAUAAACGACAUACUUUGUUCUGUGGAACCAACGUAAUCCAAACCCGUUUCUAUACCGGAGAAUUGGUCAAAGCUCUGGUAGUAAGAACAGGCUUUAGCACUGCUAAAGGACAACUUGUUCGCUCCAUACUGUAUCCAAAGCCAACUGAUUUUAAACUUUAUAGAGAUGCYUAUUUGUUUCUGCUGUCUCUGGUAGUGGUAGCAGGCAUUGGCUUUCUUUACACAGUUGUGAACAGCAUCUUAAACGAGGUUCCAGCUCAUACCAUCAUCAUCGAGUCUCUGGACAUCAUCACUAUCACAGUGCCUCCAGCACUCCCUGCUGCUAUGACUGCUGGCAUCGUUUAUGCACAGAAACGAUUGAAAAAAAUUGGCAUCUUCUGCAUCAGCCCGCAGAGAAUCAAUAUUUGUGGCCAAUUAAAUCUUGUGUGCUUUGAUAAGACUGGCACGCUUACUGAGGAUGGCUUGGAUCUCUGGGGAAUUCAAAGGGUGGAAAGUGCUCGUUUCCUUUUGCCGGAAGAGAGGGCUUGCAGUGAGAGCUUGCUGAAGUCUGAGUUUGUUGCUUGCAUGGCAACUUGUCAUUCCCUUACAAAAAUUGAAGGGGUGCUUUCUGGGGACCCACUUGAUUUGAAGAUGUUUGAAGCAAUAGGAUGGAUUUUAGAGGAAGCAACCGAGGAAGAAACAGCGCUUCAUAAUCGAAUAAUGCCAACAGUGGUUCGCCCUUCAAAACAGCCUUUUCCAGAAUCCAAGCAGGCAACAGAUCAAGAAAUGGAGUUAUUUGAGCUUUCAACCAGUUAUGAGAUUGGAAUUGUGCGGCAGUUUCCAUUUUCUUCGGUUUUACAGCGCAUGUGUGUAAUAGCUAGAGUGCUGGGCGAGAAGAGAAUGGAUGCUUACAUGAAAGGUGCCCCUGAGGUGAUUGCCAGCUUGUGUAAGCAGGAAACAGUUCCUGUUGACUUUGAGAGUGUCCUGGAAGAAUACACCAAGCAAGGCUUCCGAGUUAUUGCUCUUGCUCACAGAAAAUUGGAGUCUAAGCUUACAUGGCACAAAGUUCAGACUAUUAAUAGAGAUGCUAUUGAAAGCAACAUGGAUUUUAUGGGGUUAAUUAUAAUGCAAAACAAGCUGAAGCAAGAAACCCCUGCUGUACUUGAAGAUUUACAUAAAGCCAACAUUCGCACCGUCAUGGUUACAGGGGAUAACAUGUUAACUGCUAUCUCUGUGGCCAGAGACUGUGGGAUGAUUCUACCUCAGGAUAAGGUGAUUAUUGCUGAAGCACUACCUCCAAAAGAUGGGCAGGCUGCCAGGAUCAACUGGCAUUAUGCAGAUACCCUCGCAAAAUGCACUAGUUCAUCACCAGCCAUAAACUCAGAGGAUAUUCCAGUUAAGUUGGUCCAUGAAAGCCUUGARGAUCUCCAGAUGACCAAAUACCAUUUUGCAAUGAAUGGGAAGUCAUUUGCRGUGAUUUUGGAGCAUUUCCAGGACCUGGUACCCAAGCUUGUAUUGCAUGGCACUGUGUUUGCUCGCAUGGCGCCUGACCAGAAAACUCAGCUGGUGGAGGCUUUACAGAAUGUAGAUUACUAUGUUGGCAUGUGUGGAGAUGGUGCGAAUGAUUGUGGAGCGCUGAAGAGGGCACAUGGUGGAAUAUCUUUGUCUGAACUUGAGGCUUCUGUGGCAUCACCGUUCACUUCCAGGACACCUAGUAUUUCCUGCGUGCCAAAGCUUAUCAGGGAAGGCCGUGCUGCUUUAAUAACUUCCUUCUGUGUAUUUAAAUUCAUGGCAUUAUACAGCAUUAUCCAGUACAUCAGUGUUACUCUGCUAUAUUCUAUCCUGAGCAAUCUGGGAGACUUCCAGUUUCUCUUCAUUGAUUUGGCAAUCAUUUUGGUGGUUGUCUUCACUAUGAGUUUGAACCCUGCUUGGAAGGAGCUUGUUGCGCGAAGGCCUCCAUCAGGUCUUAUCUCAGGUCCACUUCUGUGUUCCGUUUUGUCUCAGAUCAUCAUCUGCUUUGCUUUCCAAAUCCUUGGGUUUUUUUGGGUCAAGCAACAGUCCUGGUAUGAAGAGUGGACAGCAGAAUCUGACGCGUGUCACGUGUUGGAUGCCACAAACACCAGUUCUGGCCACUAUGAGAACGAGACUCUUCAUGACGAACAUAACAUUAAAAAUUAUGAAAACACAACUUUGUUUUUUAUCUCCAGCUUCCAGUACCUCAUAGUUGCAAUAGUCUUUUCUAAAGGAAAACCAUUUAGACAACCAUGCUACAAAAAUUUUCUGUUUGUUGUAUCUGUGCUAGUUCUUUAUGUCUUCAUAUUUUUCAUCAUGUUGCAUCCAGUUGAAUCUAUUGACACAGUUCUUGAGCUGGUGUGUGUGCCAUACGAGUGGCGUCUAAGAAUUCUCAUCAUUGUCAUUGUCAAUGCAAUUGUAUCCGUGUUGGUGGAGAAUGUCCUCCUUGAUAUGAUCCUUUGGAAGGUUGUGUUCAAUCGAGACAAACAAGGAGAAUAUCGCCUCACCAUACCCCAGCCGCCCCAGGAGGCUGUGGAUCACUGGGGAGUUUGUUUCCUUUCUUCGCUGUUUGGUUGUAGAGAGAAGACACCAAAAGCCAAGUAUAUGCAUCUAGCUCAGGAACUGCUGGUUGAUCCAGAAUGGCCACCAAAACCCAGAACAACAACAGAAGCUAAAGUACCAUCUCAAGAGAAUGGUUCAUAUCAAAUCAUCACUUUAACAUAACAGUGGAUCUUGGUGGCGUGUGUUAGUAGAAUUCAGAAGAAUGUAAUUUUCGGUCUUUAUAUGAAAUUACAAUAUACUAAAUGUCAAAUUCUGAUACAGAUACUUCCAGCUGUUUUGUGUCUCUGCAUACAGAAUUCAAAGCCAGACACCUUAUGACUGUACAUCUUAAAAUUUUAGGUUUCCUUAGGCAGAACAAAACUGGUGAUCUUUUCUUCUACCUGCUUCUAACUUAAAUAUUGUUAYUCCCAAAUGAGGUGUAUUUGAAGAUUUAAACUGCAGGGCAGUUAAACAGGUUCACUUUAUUUGCCUGGAAUAUCCUAAUCACUGUUCUUAACCUGUUUACCAGGGCACAUGUUAAUGUAAGCUCUAUGAUGUAGUGCUUCAUGGUAGUACUAGGGGCACAUAAUGACCUUUUUAUUUGUUUGAUUGUUUCCUUGUGGGUUUUUCUCUUUUCCACUGUUGAAAAGCUUUGUGCCUCGAAAUGGUUCUGAAUGUUUGCUGAGUGUACCCCUAAGUUUGUCCCUACGAGCAAGGAGUGUUCCAGGUUGAAAAGCUUGUUUUUUUUAAAGUUUAAUUCCUUAGUCUCCCACAGCAGGAGUUGGGAACACCAUAAAAGAAAUAUGCUAAGUCCCCAAGCAGAAAGCACAUUGUCCUCAAGUCUGUUCUUAUCUUUUCAGAGUUAGCUAGAAGAGAUGCUACAGACAGACUCCGGUAGCAUUAGGCUACA